AUGGUGUCUCCAAAGACAACAGAAGCUCUUCAGCAUAUUGCAGGCUCAGAAGAAAAACAACAAGGCUACACUACCCUUCUGUCAAACGCCCAAUUUACAUCUACACCAGCAGAGUUACCCGAUGACUUAAUCGCCAUUUUCGACGCCAUUUUCGCAGACGUUCUAGGAAUAGUUGUAACUCGAUCUGUUAUCAUAUCGUUUGUCGAUGCACUUAAAGCCAUAAAGAACAACGAGGCGAAGAUCAAGGUUGGUCAGCAUGCUUUAUCGACACUUGGUGAACAAGCAUCCUCAUUCGAGGAACAAAAUGCUCAAAUCCGUGACCUGAUGGCUACAGCAUACGAAAGCGACGAAGAUAAUCUUGCAGCUGCGCAGAUAUUAGCUGGUAUCGUUCUUGAGUCGUCGCAACGGAAAGUCACAAAUGAAGAGAAGGUCCGUUGUUGGAUUCGUAUUACUCGCAACUAUCUCGAGGUGGAUGAUACAUCGCUCGCAGAGCAAUACUUGAAUAAAGCCAAGAACGUCAUAUAUACAGUCUCCGAUCGCGAUUUGAAUUUACACUUUCAACUCAGCCAAGCACGUAUCCAUGAUGCCAGGAGGAAUUUCUUAGCUGCUGCGCAGGGCUACCAGGAUAUCAGUUUCUUACCUGUUAUCGCUGAGGAGGAGCGUUUGCAUACUCUCAGUAUGGCCAUUAAGUGUGCCGUUCUGGCACCUGCAGGCCCUCUUCGAAGUCGUGCUUUGGGAAGAUUAUACAAGGACGAGCGAGCAGCCGGCUUAGACGAGUUUGGUAUCUUGGAAAAGAUGUUCUUAGAUCGUCUAUUGUCCCCCGAAGAAGUAUCCAAAUUUGCAGAAGGAUUGGCUCCACAUCAACUGGCAAAGACCCAAGACGGCACUACGGUAUUGCAAAGGGCGGUUGUAGAGCACAAUUUGAGAGCUGCAUCGAGAUUGUACAACAACAUUCGCUUCGAAGCUCUUGGAGACAUAUUAGAUCUUGAUGGGGACAAGGCCGAGGAGACUACCGCGAGCAUGAUCGAACAAGGCCGAUUGCUUGGUAGAAUUGAUCAAGUAGAGAGGGUUAUCUGGUUUGAGGGCGGAGAAGCUACCGGGGAGAAAGGUAGCGGUAGAGCUGAGGGCAUUGUUGGGAGAGAAUUGAGAAGAUGGGAUGCUAAUGUUCAGGGCUUGGCCGAAGAAGUUGAGAAAGUCACUUCUGAGCUGCAACUUAUUUAUCCGGACUUCGUCGCUGCUAAUCUGGUGGUGUGA